AAUAUGCGCCAUUGAAAUGAUACAUUAACAGUCGAGGACAACACUCAAUGGCACAGGGGAUUCCACAUUCUGCAUCACAGUCCUAAGGUGCAAUGGGCAAUUCGCAGCCCCAUAUACGACAUCCGCUCCCUGUAAAUUUAUCAAAUGGGAGUUUCAUUGCUUACGCAGCGCAACCAAACACUACACAAUCACUCCCUGCACAGCCCCUAAAUCCUUUGCCAUGUUCUGCGCCUCAUUUCCAAAGUUCUGGGGGCGUUGUUGACCUUUCCACGCACUCUCAUUUAAAAUGGUUUCUCUAUUGACCUUUACACGCACUCUCAUUUAAAAUGGUUUCUUUGUUGACCUUUCCACGCACUAUCAUUUUCAGCGCAAAAAACAGCGCAAAAGAAUUGUGGUGGAAGGCAAAGUGUAAUUGGAGCAAGGUCAGAGAUUUUGUCACUCUGAUAGAAUCUCCGUGGAAGCAGCGCCAGCAAGGAACCAUUCAGGUCUACCAAUCUACUCAUUUCAUUCAUAAUCUACAGAGUAGGCUAAAUCAUUAUAUUUUUCUGGGAAAUCUGGCGAGUGCUGUUGCUUGUAAGAGUUCUUAAUGCAGUGACUUUGAAGAAUGAAGUCGUCCAAGUCAGAAAUUGAUUUGGAUCAUCCCAAUGUGGAAGAGUAUCUGGCAGAAUCACGUUUGGACGGGUCUUUGGGGCCGGACAAGAAGCUUCUACUAUGUGAUCUGGUCGAUAUUUCACCUGCACUAAAUGAAGCAGCAAGUGCUAUAGUUGAUGAUUCUUUUACACGUUGCUUCAAGUCAAAUCCUCCAGAGCCAUGGAACUGGAACCUUUAUUUAUUUCCUCUUUGGUGCCUAGGAUUAUUUGUUCGAUAUUUGAUCCUCUUUCCUAUAAGGGUCGUGCUCUUGGCAGCAGGAUGGGUGAUAUUCCUUUCAUUAUUUAUUCCUGUGCAUUUUGUUUUGAAAAAUGAGAAUAAAAUUCGGCAACAAUUGGAGAGGCUUCUGGUAGAGUUCAUGUGCAGCGUAUUUGUUGCUUCCUGGACGGGGGUGAUUAAGUACCAUGGGCCUCGACCCUGUGCCCGUCCAAGGCAGGUGUUUGUAACAAACCACACUUCCAUGAUUGACUUCAUAAUCUUAGAGCAAAUGACAGCUUUUGCUGUGAUUAUGCAGAAGCACCCUGGCUGGGUUGGCCUUUUACAAACCACAGUCUUUAAGAGCUUGGGAUGUAUUUGGUUUAAUCGCACAGAAGCUAAAGAUCGCAUAAUUGUUGCUGAAAAGAUAAAGCAGCACAUAGAAGGUCCUGACAACAAUCCACUUCUUAUUUUUCCUGAGGGUACUUGUGUUAAUAAUCACUACACGGUUAUGUUUAAAAAGGGUGCUUUUGAGCUUGGGUGUACUAUUUGUCCAAUUGCAAUAAAGUACAACAAGAUCUUUGUUGAUGCAUUCUGGAACAGUAAGAAGCAGUCUUUUACAAUGCAUUUGGUCCGUCUUAUGACUUCAUGGGCAGUAGUUUGUGAUGUGUGGUACCUAGAACCACAAACACUGCAACCUGGAGAGACACCAAUUGAAUUUGCAGAGAGGGUCAGAGACAUAAUAGCUACAAGAGCAGGCUUAAAGAAGGUUCCAUGGGAUGGAUAUCUGAAAUAUUAUCGUCCAAGUCCUAAGCUCACUGAAACAAAACAGCAAAGUUUUGUAGAGGCAAUGCUAAGGAGAUUAGAGUAGAGAUAAGUUCUUCCAUGGUUUUUUCUACUCACCCUAAGUUUCACCUAAGCGAGGGGGGUGUUAAAGCAUAUUUAGGAGUGCUUGCUUCUAAUUUAGCUUUUAUGCAUCUUGGAAGAGGCAUCUCCACUCCAUGCUGUUCACCUAAUCUGAGACGUUUGUCGAUUAGUUUCAUAUCAUAAACAAUUGAUUUGAUGCUUACUUAUAAAUGUGGAUGUGCUAAUAUUAUUCCUCAAAAAGAACACAAGCAGGAUUCUUUAAAUUGAGCAAAUUCGAUAAGGAUCAAGCUCGCUGAAAAGUGAGUAAAUGCACCGAGUUAUAUGAGAGUAUCCUACCUUUGUUUCUUUAUUACUAGGAAAGGAUGAUAUCUCUUUAUGUGAUAAGUUUGAAUGAAAUAAUAGAUUGCUAUAUGCCUUGAGAUGAAACAUCUGAACAAUUCUUGUGUUGAAGUUGCUAUGGUAGUCCCUAUAUUGCUUGGUGAGAUUUCUUAGUCAAGAUUAUGAAUGGAAUAUAUUGGACAAUAAAUGUGUAAUCACAACAAUCAUGUAUCAUUAUUUAAUA